CAAAUUUAAUUGAGGUUUACAAAUAGAAAUGGAAUCUAUUAUGAUAGAACCACAUUUGGAUAUUUGUGUUGAUGAAAAUGAUAUAAUUUCUGGUGCUAAAGAAAUUGUGAAGCACUUGCGACCUUCUUGGCCCAGUGAUCAACUGCUAUAUAAGGUUUUUACAAAUGGAAUAUCCAAUAAAUUGGUAGGAAUUUGGUAUGCAAAUAAUUACAAUAAAAUGGUGCUAGUUCGAGUUUACGGGCACAAAACCGAUUUACUUAUUGAUCGACAGGAAGAAAUUAGGAAUAUAAGAAUAUUGCACAAAGCAGGACAUACACAUUCCAUUUAUGCUACAUUCAAUAAUGGAUUAGCUUACGAAUUUGUUGAAGGUUAUACACUAACGGUUGAAACUGUAAGAGAAAUAGAUGUAUAUAAGCUAGUAGCUAAGCGUAUGGCUGAAAUGCAUUUACUGCAACCUACAUCUGAUGUAAGUGAAGAUACACCCGUAAUUUGGCAAAAAACUGAAAAAUUCAUGAGACUUAUGCCGAAACAGUUCGAUGAUGUUGAUAAACAAAUAAAAUUUGAAAAAUUAAUAAAACCACAUGAUACUUUAGUUUACGAAUAUAAGAUAUUGAAGGAUAAUCUGUCACAACUGGCUUCUCCUGUAGUAUUUUGUCAUAAUGAUUUACUAUUAACCAAUAUAUUAUAUAAUCAAAAAGAAAAUAAAGUUACAUUCAUAGAUUUUGAAUACGCUGCAUAUAAUAUUCAAGCCUUUGAUAUAGCAAAUCAUUUUGCAGAGUUUGCAGGAGUUGAAAAUCCAGAUUUUUCUUUAUAUCCUGAUGAAGAACUACAAAAAUCAUGGUUGAGAAUAUAUUUAGAAACUUACAAAAAUACUAGCGAAAUAUCCGAAGAAGAUGUGACCGAAUUAUAUAAACAAGUUAACCAAUUUGUACUUCUUGCUCAUUUCUUUUGGGGUUGUUGGGCUCUUAUACAAAGUCAAUAUUCUCUUAUUGAAUUUGACUUCUUAGAAUAUGCGGCUCUUCGACUAAAUGAAUAUUUCAGAAAAAAACAAGCCAAUCAUAUGAGUGAUAAUGGUAUUAGGAAUAUUUAAAUUUUGAAUUUUUGAAUUUUAAUUGAAAUUUUCUAUCGCCAAAGAUAUA